CCAUGAUCUCCCUCUCGCGCGUUUGCCUUAGUUAAGAUGGCGGCUCCCGGCUCUCUGUCCGCGUCUGGUUCAGCCAUGCUGCAUGGUCCGGUGGUGAAGGUUCAUCCGGUGGUGUUGGCCGCCAUCGUGGACAGUUUUGAGAGGAGAAACGAAGGAGCUGGACGGGUUAUUGGAACCCUUUUGGGAACCACUGACAAACACUCUGUGGAGGUGACAAACUGCUUCUCUGUCCCUCACAAUGAGUCUGAGGAUGAGGUGGCUGUUGACAUGGAGUUUGCCAAGAACAUGUACGAGCUGCAUAAGAAAGUGACCUCUACUGAGCAGAUUGUGGGCUGGUACGCCACAGGAAAUGACAUCACAGAGCACUCGGUUCUCAUCCACGAGUAUUACAGCCGCGAGGCCACUAAUCCCAUUCACAUGACGUUGGACACCAGCCUGCAGGGCAGCCGCAUGAAUAUAAAGGCCUAUAUCAGCACCCCAAUGGGAGUUCCCGGUAAAACGAUGGGCAUCAUGUUCACCCCUCUCACUGUGCAGUACGUCUACUACGACACGGAGAGGAUUGGAGUGGAUCUGAUCACAAAAACCAGCUCCAACCCCACCCGCUCCAUUGGACUCGCCAGUGACCUCCAGCAGGUGGGGGUGGCGGCUAACAGACUGCAGGACUCGCUGAGCACCGUGCUACAGUAUGCCGAGGAUGUGCUGUCGGGGAAGGUGACGGCAGACAACACAGUCGGUCGCUUCCUGAUGGAUCUGGUGAAUCAGGUGCCCAAGAUUGAGCCGGAAGACUUUGAGUCCAUGUUGAACAGCAACAUUAAUGAUCUUCUGAUGGUCACUUACCUGGCCAACCUGACCCAGUCCCAGAUCGCUCUGAACGAGAAACUCCUCAACCUGUAACCCCUUCCCUCCCGACCUCAGGACUCGUCCCGUCCCGUUUACUUGGACUUUACUGACUGGCGUACGUUGAAUUUCACUAUGGAAGGGACAACAUCAGCCCAAUAGUGAAGAUAAUCUGCUUUUUGGUGCAAUCGGAGCGACGCAGGAGACUUUCUAUUAAAUUAUAUUCCCAUUGGAUUUUCCGGCUCAGCAGACACACAUCUAAGUCUGCCCCUGUAUAUCCCAUUAUGUUACACUCUCUCUAUUCACAUUCCCAGGCAACAGUCUCUAACAUGUAUUUUGUGGAAUGAGAAAUAAAUUGCAAAACCAUUUUCAUCUUA